CUUUACACGUGCCAAACUGAAGCCAGCAGCAGACGGGACUUUAUGGGAUGGGGCCAGACGAAAUGUGUCCCAGUGUUUCCAGCAGCAGACACAGCUCUUGUGGUGGAGUUUAAUGCGGUGAAUGAGACGGACAGACCGCGGGCCAUAAACUCAUGUAGCCCGAGACAGAGUGCAUUCUCAGCGGGAGCGAGGAGCUGCUGUCUGCGCGGGCUUUGGGAAAAUGGGAGCAGUGAAGUGAAAAUCCCCGAAAAUGUGGCGAGUUUGGACCAAAGUCUCCAAAGCGAUGAUGCUUCUCGUGUUGUGGAUUGCUGUUUCCUCGUUGGCUUUGGUCCAGUCCAGCACGGUUCAGAACUGUCACCCAGGCUGCCGCUGUGAGGUGGAGAGCUUCGGCCUGUUCGACAGCUUCAGUCUGACCAGAGUGGACUGCAGUGGGCUGGACCGUGGGACCACCAUGCCUGUCCCCAUCCCCCUGGACACUGCCCACCUGGACCUGUCCUACAUCUCCAUCAUGGGACCCCUCACUGACUCCAUGCUGUCCGGCCCGGGGUACACAACGCUGGUUAGCUUAGACCUCAGCAACAACCACAUUACAACAGUAAGCCCUAAUGCUUUGUCCAGGCUGCGCUAUCUGGAGUCUUUGGAUCUGAGCCAUAACAGUCUGGCAGCGCUGGAACCGGAUUUCUUCUCUGGCCUCCCACUAUCCGAGGUGGAUCUAAGCUACAACAACUUUGCAGAUUUUGACAUGAACGUGUUUGCGACCAAAGUAAAUGGGGAACCAGUGACUGUGGAUUUGUCUAAUAAUAAACUUACAACAAUGUCAACAGUCUCGCAUGGAAAAAUGUUGCAUAUUCAAAGCUUGAACUUGACUGCCAAUCUCUUCACAAGUGUCCCAAAGUUGUCUGGACUACCAUUGCGGUACCUUAAUAUUGACGCAAACCCUAUAAAAAGCAUUAAAGAAGGAGCAUUUUCACAGUUAGAAGAUUUGGUUUAUUUGUCCAUCAGUGGCAGCAAAGACCUCGAGGACAUUGAACCAUUUGCUUUCAAAGGUCUACAAAGCCUGCAAGUUCUGGAUCUUUCUAACAACCCAUAUCUUAAAAACUUAGAUCCUAAAGUGUUCACUGGACUAGACUCACUGCAAGAGCUGAAUUUGUCCAACUCUGGACUGGUGUCGUUGCCAAAUGAAAUGCUUGCUCACCUGCCCAGUAUAAAAAGCAUCAAACUGGGGCAGAAUAUUCGUUGCUGGAAGACAAAGAAGCCAGGGCAGUUCCACUUGCACCUGGGACAACUACAACCUACAGAGAUGCUGAACUGUAACGUGGAGGGCAUUGGUUUGUGAGGCUAUUAGAACAAUUGACCCAGUGCAAUGAUUCCCAGUGCCAGUGGUGUGCCUUAUGAAUCUUGUUAUGCAAACAUCUCUAACUGAGUCAAUAUUUGAUGUUCUAAAUGACUGGAAACUAUUAUGAACUUUGUUGUAGACUUACAAAUACUCAUUUAAGUAUGAACUAAUCAUGACCAAACAAAAGCCUUUUGCACUUACUCUAGUAGUAAUACAUUUCAGCACUUACAUAACUAAGACUGAUACACUAUUGGGAUUUUGCAGUGACAUCAUGCUGGGAGUGUUCUACAUGUAUCUCAAAUGGUGAAAUGUUUGAGUUACCAUGGUUGCACAAUGCACACAUUAGCAAACACUGUCAAAAAUUAAGAAUGUCUGAAAACUCAAGAAAAAUUACAAAAUGGAUUUAAAUAACAUUCUCAGGAGUCUGUGAUCAAUACAAGCAUUCGUGGUUUUAUUUAGGAUUUUUAUCAUAAAUUGUGAAUUUGAGUAACUGAAAAACAAACAAAAAGCUUGUGACUAUCACUUUAUGUGUGAGAGACUUAUUUUACAGUAAAAAGUAAUCUCACCUGUUGUAGUUCCAGCUAAAUCUGUUCUUUAUGGUCAGAUUGUGUUCAAAUAAAGCACAGAUUAAAGUCUAAUAAAGCCUCAGACAGAGCAGAGCCUACAGUUUGCACCUCCAGGGAAUGUUGAUGAUAUCAGCUGCAAAGUGUCAAUAGGCCACCACACUUAUAACCACUAUGUUUUUUGUUUUUGUUUUUUUUGAGCCAUAAAAUGAUUAAUAUAAUUUUAAUGAGGCCAAUCUUUAUUUUAAUAAAGUGACAACAACCGUUUAGCUUUGUUUAUGGUAUUUGCAAUUAAAAUUUUAAAGUGGAUAUGACAGGUUUUUAAGAUGAUCUAAUUUUGACUUAAUCUGGUGUAAUAAUAACUGUUGUAAAUAUAAAUUAUAGUUUACACCAGUCAAGAAGCAAUUUGAGAAGAAAAGUUGAAAAAUAUGUUAAAUUACAGGAAGUGGUGAGUUCCACACUGAUGGCAUCACACUAGGGAGAAUACUGUCACAGUUUACACACAAACACAUUUUUCAGACACUUUGAACAUUAUUUCAACAAAAUAAAGAUGUUUUCUUGUAUUUUUAUUUGUCAUAUAAAAAUAUCAGUGUAUAUUAGAGGAGUUUUGGCCCAGAGUACAUCAUGGUUGCGAGGUUAACAGUAACGGUAAUAGUAAUUCCUUAGUGUGAUGUCAUGAUUUCCAACCCAGAAGUAAAAUUUAAACACAUUGGCCAAACUGGGAAAAAAAAGUGAAAUUUCAUUUUAUAAUGAUGAUCUUAACUGUGUUUUGGAAGAAUGAGUAGUCUAAUCUGUCAUAGGCACUUUAAACAUACCAUUCCUAUAUACUACUGGUUAAUAAUAAUUGAUUAUUACAAUUAAAAUGUAAAGAUUUACUCAUGUAUUUCAUUUAUAGACUGACUGACUGAAAUGAACUGUUUUACCUUUGACUUUGUUGAAUUUUAUAUUGUGCAACUUCAGUCAGGACCAAAUUAGUCACCAAACAAGGACUGACUAAUCUUAUUCUGCGUGGAUACUAGAGCUGCAUGACAACUCCCCUAUCAUAUAUAGUACAGUAUCAAAAUAAAUAGUGGUUAUGUAUUGUGCAACAUUCCUGUGGAUACUUUAUAGACUCAGGACUGCAGGUGGUAUAAGGGAUUUUGAUAACUGAAUAUUACAUUUUGCAUUUGUAGAGGUUUAUAUUUGUAUGUUUGUAAUUAUGUUGUACAUAACAAAGUGCUUUCUAUGUAAUAAAUCUGAUAUUAUCAGACUCUGUUACAGUGUUGCUUAAAACAAAGAAUUUACAAUAAAAUUGAGAAAACAUUUGAA